AUGUUCACGAUAGAGGUGGUGUCCGUCACCGAGGAGGACCUGCCCACCGUCGAGACGCCCAACACGCUCAUCGUCAGCCCCCUGGGAAGCUUCGCCGCCGAGCCAACCGCCGCCGCCGCCGAGCCCGCCAACGGCCAAUCGGAGAAGGCCAGGCCCGAGGACGUCCCGCCCACCGCCCCCAGCCCCAGCAUGCCCAUCACCAAAGUCCAGCCUUUUCUCAACGAGGACGACCUGAGGAAGAGCGUGUGGGAGCGAGCGCUGGACCAUCGUCUGGAGCUGCUCGUCAGUGUGACCGCCGUGGUCGUCAUCACUCUGUCUCUGGGCAUCGGUCUGGGAGUGGGGCUGAGUUGUGCAGGGAAGUUCAGGUGUGGAGCGUCGUCCAAGUGCAUCGAAGCGCUUCUGCAGUGCGACGGCAAAGAGCAGUGUGAAAACGGAGAGGACGAACUGAGCUGUGUGCGUCUGAGUGGGCGGAGCUCCGUGGUGCAGGUGCAGAGGGCGGGGCUCUGGAUGACGGUGUGUUUUGACGACUGGACCAUCUGGCUGGGAGAAUCCGCCUGCAGGCAGCUGGGAUACAACAGUUACGUGGCGUCGUCUUCUUCUCCGGUGAAUUCCAUUGAGCCGGAGCUGCAGUACAUCCUGGUUUCUCUGGACUCGCCUCACGGGGGCGUGGUCAAACUCCACAACAUGACCAUCAUCAGUAAAAGCCAAUGCACCUCUGGGAAAGUGGCCACGCUCAAAUGUAUAGAGUGUGGUUUCCGGCCUCAGUACACAUCCCGGAUCGUCGGGGGGAACCUGUCGAGGCCGGGUCAGUUUCCGUGGCAGGUGAGUCUCCAGAACAAAGGCGAGCACAUGUGUGGAGGCUCCAUCAUCACGCCGCACUGGAUCCUGACGGCCGCACACUGCGUCUACGGCUUCUCGAACCCGGUGGAGUGGGGCGUGUACGCGGGCAUCACGGAGCUGCCCGGGCACGGCUCUGCGGCUCUGGAGGUGGACAAGAUCGUGUAUCACGCUCGCUACAAAGGCAAACUGGACUACGACAUCGCUCUCCUGAAACUGCGCACGCCGCUGCUCUUCAACGGUUCCGUGGAGCCCAUCUGCCUGCCCAACCACGGGGAGGUGUACGAGGACGGGACCAUGUGCUGGAUCUCGGGCUGGGGGGCCACGGAGAACGGAGGAGAGUCCAGCGUGGUCCUGCGCUCGGCCGUGGUGCCCCUGAUCUCCACUAAAGAGUGCACCCAGCCCGACGUGUACCCGGGCCUCAUCUCCGCGGGCAUGAUCUGCGCCGGGUACCUGCAGGGCGGCGUCGACUCCUGCCAGGGGGACAGCGGGGGACCUCUGGCCUGCGAGGACUCGUCGGUGUGGAAGCUCGUCGGCGCCACCUCCUGGGGGAUCGGCUGCGCUGACGCCAACAAACCCGGCGUCUACACUCGGAUCACACAGAGCCUGAGCUGGAUCCGACAGGAGAUGGAGGUCAGGACAAGGGAAGAAACGCUCCAGGCCAUCACCGCCAACUGA